CAAAAAUCCAAAUUUUAAGGCCUCAAGAAGAACAAAAAUGCAGGCCUUAAAUUAUGUUCUGUUGGAAGAUGUUCUUUAUAGAAGAGGACAUGAUGAACUACUUUUGCGUUGUCUUGGUCCAGAUGAGUACUGCCAGAUUAUGUCAGAUGUGCAUAACGGAAUCUGUGGUGCACAUCAAGCUGGAAUUAAGAUGAGAUGGCUAAUUCGUAGACAUGGAUUCUUUUGGCCAUCAAUCUUGAAAGAUUGCAUUAGCUAUGCUAAAGGAUGCAAAGCCUGCCAGAUUCAUGGACCUUUGCAGAGAGUUCCAGCGUCAGAACUCCAUCCAAUUGUCAAACCAUGGCCAUUUCGAGGGUGGGUCAUAGAUUUGAUUGGUAAAGUUUAUCCUCCUUCAACUAGAGGGCAUUCAUUUAUUAUUGUCGCCACAGAUUACUUUACCAAAUGGGUGGAAGCAAAGCCAAUGAAGAAGGGGACAGUUUUUGUUGGUGCACAAGUUGAAGCAUUUGCAAAAGAAAUGGGAUUUAGGUUACUUACUUCAACCCCUCAUUAUGCUCAAGCCAAUGGUCAAGCUGAAGCUUCCAACAGAAUUGUGAUAAAUCUGCUGGAAAAAAUGGUUGAUGAUAAUCCAAGAUGUUGGCAUGAGCUGUUAUCUGACACAAUCUGGGCUUACAGAACUUCACAAAGGAGUUCUACCAAGGUAACUCCAUUCUCUUUAACUUAUGGACAUGAUGCUGUUCUGCCCAUGGAGUUAUCUGCUAGAUCAUUGCGUAUAGCAAUUCAACAUGGUCUCACUUCUGGAGAAUAUAAUGAAGCAAUGAUUCUAGAGUUAGAAGACCUUGAAGAAGGAGAUCUGGUAUGGAAAAUAAUUCUGCCACCUAGAAAGAAAGACCCCAGAUUUGGGAAAUGGUCUCCAAAUUGGGAAGGACCAUUUCGUAUACAUGAAGUGCUUAAAGGAGGAGCAUAUUGGCUUGAAUCAUUAAAUGGAGAGUUACAUCCUCGAAAAAUAAAUGGAAUCUACCUUAAGCCUUACUAUCCUAUGAUAUGGGAGGCUAGAGGUUUGGAUACCAUUGAUUCUACCUGAAAUAGAUUCGAGGUAGGAUUUGUACAGUAUUUUAUUCCAUUGUUUUAAGCAUUUUAUCAUUCAAUAAAAAGUGCUGAGCGAA